GAAGUUUGGCGACAGUUCCCCCUCAUCCUGCUCUUUUUCUUGUUCAUUUUUUUUGUUUGCAGCUGGCUCUAUCACAUGGCCCAGGGCCCUGACUCUGAUUGGGCAGCGGUAAGGUGUCUUUGAUCAGUUUCACUGGGAUCUUCCUGUUCGCCUGGGUCUCUAAGGUACAAAUGUUGACGACCAAGGAGCUCUGCCUCCCAGCGACACAAACGCCAGCCGCCCGAGCCCUGUCCCAGGGAUGGAGAAAUUCGCAGCAAACAGUUUGGACGACAGUGUGUCUGGAGUGAGCGAGUGGGAUUACCAGGAGCGUCUGUCUCUUCUCGAACAGCGGCUCCAGCAGCAGGAGGAUGAGAUUACGCUGCUGAAGUCUGCUCUUGCUGAUGCUCUCCGACGCAUCUGCUUCUAUGACCAGCACUUCUCGAUGCUGAAAGCCAGUCUCCCCGGAAACUCCACUUUACAAAGCACAUUUUCUACCCAGGGUCCAACAGUGCGACCCAAUGCGAAAAGGAGCCAGUCUCUGAGUUCUGCCUAUGAUUUGUCGCGUCACACUGGAGACCCCAGCCCAAGUUGUACAGGCACAAAGGAAAGGAAAGCCCUGGGGAUUGAGGCAUUACACCGAGCGCGUGUACAACACCCCAGGGGUCGGGCUGUACUGGGCGUGCGUACAGGGUCCCAGGAGUCGGAAUCCACAGUCAGGAAUUCUCCAAGCUCGCUAGUCCCUCAGUGCCUGGCCCACAAUGAGCCUGAUCGUCACCUGAUCCAACCGCACACCUCAGCUCGACAGUCUGCUGGAGUCCACGAGCAAUCGCUGAGGUGCCAAGUUGAUGCAGCGAGCGCAGGAUCUGAGCCUCCUGCACAGGCAGCUCAGCUUCAGUUCGAUGCUGAAAGCCGGUUCCAGCUUCGUGAAGGUGGCAAAUUCCCAAUCCACUGGGCAGAACCUGGAGUCCAACUCCAAACUGAAGCAAGUGACCACCAGCCUGUCCAGUUUUCUGUAUCUUGUCUGAAGAAUGAGUGGAUGGGAAUCCAGCUCCAACCUGCAGAAGCUCACACGGGAGAUCAACGUUUACAAAGACCAGACGCCCUUCCAAGAACUGACAGCAACUCUGCCCUAGUAACUGCCCCUGAGGAAGUCCAUCCUAUCCCCCUGCUACCACCUCAGCUUCCUGCCUCCCAGGACAGAGUUCAGCAAUAUUCUCAGUGUCCAUUCCAACAGCUGCCCAAUGGGAUUGGAGAGCAGCAGGAUAAGCAGUGGAGUCGGGGGCUUGCCCAGCAGGAUCCCUGUCAGACCCUGUCAGAAGCUGUCACUCCUGUGGCUUCUCUGGCUGUGUCUGGGAGCCAGUCCAAGGCAGAGAAUCUUUCUCAGUUCCAGCCAAGGCCGGAGGCAGCCCCUCAUUCAGAUUUCGGUCUGAGCCAGCUGAAAGAUGAAUUCUGUGCUGCAGUGAUCAGUACAAAUGGAUCUGAAUAUUUGCAACAAGAGCACUCAACACCUCCCACAGUCAGUUCAGAUUCAGCUCGAGACCUACCAACAGCUGAUGGAUUUCCCUCAGCAGCCAGCCUCGAUGUAUCUCAGACUCCACAUCAAACACAGUCAGUCCUGGUGACCAAGGUCUUGACGCAUCCCCAGGGAAGUCUGGAGGAGCUGGAUAUUCAACCUCAGGCCCUUCGCAGUGUGAGCCAAGCUGCCCAGCAGAGCCCAAGGAACGGUGUCUCCUUAUCACCUCCUGUGUCUGCCUCUGCUCUCAACAAGAAAGUUCUUUUACGACGCUGCAGUACAUCAGAUAAACUUGGGGCUCUGCGUGAUGGGAGUGCAGAGAACGGAAAACCCAAACUUGCAAGAAAAUCUGCCUCCUCUCUGAACUUGCUGACAAAAUCCAGGAAUGCAGACAGCCGAGCCAAGGAUCCAUUCCAGAGUCCAGCUGCUGCAUCCCGCCGUGGAGUCUACAAUCAAGAAGGAAUAUCCAUAAAGAUGUUCCUCCGAGGGCGUCCAAUCACCAUGUAUGUCCCGUCUAAAGUCCAGAAUAUAGAGGACCUCAAGACUGAGCUGCCAGUGGAGAAACUGAAACUAGACUGGGUCUAUGGUUACCGAGGGCGGGACUCCCGCUACAACCUGCACUUGCUGUCCUCGGGUGAAAUUGUGUAUUUUAUCGCCUGUGUUGUGGUUUUGUUCAACAUUGAGGAACGAGCACAGCGACACUACCUCAAACACACCGACUGCAUACGCUGUUUGGCUGUUCAUCCAGACAGAGUGCGGAUCGCAUCAGGACAGGCUGCCGGAGUCGACAAAGAUGGCAAGCUUUUGUUGCCAUGUGUCCUCAUUUGGGACUCGGUGAGUUUACAAACCCUGCAACACAUCGGCCUGGGCAGCUUCGAGCGGGGGGUUGGUUCGCUCGCUUUCUCCAAGGCUGACUCUGGUGCUUUUCUGUGUGUUGUUGAUGAUUCCAAUGAGCACAUAAUGUCAGUCUGGGACUGCGCUAAGGGUACGAAGCAGGCGGAGAUUAAGACCACCAAUGAGUCAGUGUUCGAGGUCGAAUUUCACCCAAAUGACAGCUCAAGUGUCGUUACCUGUGGGAAAUCACAUGUUUACUUCUGGACCUGGAACGGCACCUCUCUGACCAAGAAGCAGGGCAUCUUUGGAAAAUACAAAAAGCCCAAAUUUAUUCAGUGUUUUGUGUUCCUGAAAAACGGGGAUGUGCUGACUGGCGACUCAGAGGGGAAUAUCCUCCUGUGGGGUAAAGCAACUGCAGACACCAAGACACUGGGUAAAGGAGCGAAAGAGACCUAUCAGAUCGCCAAGCAAACAAAGGCACAUGAAGGCAGCAUUUUCACCCUCUGCAUCAUGAGAGAUGGCACACUGCUCAGUGGAGGAGGAAAGGACCGAAAAAUCAUCCACUGGAACCCAAGUCUCACAACUGAGCGGGAGACUGAGAUCCCGGAGCGAUUUGGUGCAGUGCGUACUAUUGUGGAAGGACGGGCAGAUGACCUCCUGAUUGGAACCACACGGAAUGCCAUCCUGAGGGGACGUUUCACUGAGCCCUUUACUCCCAUUGUGCAGGGUCACACGGAUGAACUGUGGGGAUUGGCCACGCACCCAUUCCGAGAUCUCUUUCUGACAUGUGCACAUGACAAGCAGGUGUGUCUGUGGGAUCAGGUGCAGCACACGCUGGAGUGGAGCAAAACGCUGGAGGAGACUGGACUGUGCGCUGAUUUUCACUGCAGUGGAGCAGUGGUGGCUGUCGGGCUCCAGACAGGCAGGUGGAUGGUUCUGGAUUGUGAGACAAAGGACCUGGUUUCCAGUACUGUCGACGGAAAUGAGCAGCUCUCGGUGGUGCGUUAUUCCCCAGAUGGUAAUUUCCUGGCAAUAGGAUCACAUGACAACUACAUUUACCUCUACACUGUCACUGAGAACGGUCGAAAAUAUUGCCGGUUUGGCAGAUGCAUGGGUCAUUCCAGUUUCAUCACCCACCUGGACUGGUCUCAAGACAGCCACUUCAUCAUGUCCAAUUCUGGAGACUACGAGAUCCUCUACUGGGACAUUGGGGGAGGAUGCAAACUACUCAGGAAUCGUUACGAAUGCAAGGAUCUGGAGUGGGUUUCAUAUACCUGUGUCCUGGGAUUCCAUGUUUUUGGAGUCUGGCCGGAUGGUUCUGACGGAACAGACAUCAAUGCACUGUGCCGCUCACACGACGAGCGCACGGUGGCUGUUGCUGACGACUUCUGCAAGGUUCAUCUCUUUCAGUAUCCGUGUGCGAAACCCAAGGCACCCAGCCAUGUGUAUGGUGGACAUGGAAGUCAUGUGACUAAUGUCCGUUUCACACACAAUGACACCCACCUGAUUUCGACAGGGGGCAAGGAUACGACUGUGAUGCAGUGGCGAGUGAUGAACAGCAGCCUUGAACGCAGCACUUCCAUCUCAUCCACCUCCGUUUCCUCGUUGGACUUCCCUUCAAGCAGCAAUGCUUGAAAGGUUUAAUGGGCAGAUUCUCUAUUUGCCCCCACCCCUACCGUCUCUGAAAAUCAAAGGUGCUCGGGCCAAGAGGUUCACUGGUGGUGCAGAUACAAGUUGAGAUGAGGUGUUUCUAGCCAAGGAUCAUUUGGAGAUUCUGUAAAUGUUUCUCAGCUUCCCUCAUCUUUACAUUUUCAUCUUGCAUCUAAUACUGAGAAGUGAUGGGGGUGGGGGAUAACCUUGAUACUGGAUUUAAUUAUAAAAGUAUAUUUGAAAGUCACUUGUUUUGAAUAGAAAAUGCAGGAUUGUGAACGUCUGAUUGUAGAAUUGCCAGGGAAGUGUAGUAGGGACACCCUACAGUAAAAGGGGAAAGCUUGGAUUUCUCUUUGGUGUAGGAGUUUUAGAUUUAGUGUGCAGCAGUGGGAUGUAAGCAGGCUUUGAAUGAAGCUUGGAUCAAGUCAGUGGAAUUAUAAAAUGAUGUGAAACAAGGUUUGAUUGUGUGCAAGAUGGACUUGAUAUAUAAAGAGCAUUGUGGCUGCUUUUUGUCGAGUUGUGGGGGGGGGGGGUGCAAUCCUGUGUGUUUGCACCCCUUAUUGAAAAAAAGGUUAGCAGCAGAGUGGGAUGUUAAGAUUGCAGUGUUGCAGGGACGGGACAUGAAGGUUCUCUCCCCAAAAUGUUCAGUGUGGUACCUACAUGGGCAAGGGCAGAACAGUGGUCAGCUGUCAGGUGCAAAGAGGGACUUUAGUAAGCAGCCAAGUCAUUGACUGUGUAUUUAAGUCAACAAAAUGGAGAAGACAAAAAUCUUUUGCAGAUUUUGUCUAUGUGGUAGUUUUCAUUUUAAAGUCUGUGAAGUAACCAUGGGCAAGUGGACAGAUAACAAGCAAACCUGCUGCUAUUCUUUUGCCACUCACUGGGUGCUACAGCUGGGGCAAGAGCAACCUGAUCUUCUCUGACUCACUGACUUUGUCAUGCAGGUCAUUGGCAGCUCUGCGGGGAGUCAGGGUGGUAGGGAGACACUUAUUCACAUUCCAGCAGUCAAUGACGCUGCAACUCUAUCUGAUAACUUACCUGGAUUUCAUUUUUAAAAGUGAUAGUCUUUGUUAGUCUUUUAUAAAUGUUGUGUUCUUGGGAAGAAUUGAACUUUAUGGAAAUUAAAUAAUUGGAGCCAAGCAUUGUCACAAGGACCAAAGCACCUUACUCACAGACUAGAUGAUUGUAAACAGUUCUGAACUGUACAGAAAAUGUCAUUUUUUUCUUUGAAAUAAAGCCUAAAUUUAA